AGUGUCUUUGACGAAAGCUGGUAUUUCAAUUUUCCGUUGUUCGGAUAUGUUUCUUCGGUCCCGUAGACUUCUUUUGAGGUUGCGCACUGUCUACAAACCGAGUGCUUGCUUUUCGAGUGGAAAAAGACAAAAUUUACCAGUUUUUACACAGAGGUCUGUCAUUUACAGGCCGAUCAUCCUAACGAAUCAUGAUUUGCCUUUGUUGUCUUUCAAACGUUUUAUGUCUUAUCCUCCUCAUCUCGUAAUUAAACUUCCCAACUUGUCUCCUACAAUGGAGACAGGUACGGUUGUAAGCUGGGCAAAGAACGAAGGCGAUGAAGUUUCGGAAGGUGACCUACUUGCUGAAAUCGAAACGGACAAAGCAACUAUGUCAUUUGAUGCCAGUGAGUCUGGAUAUCUUGCGAAAAUCUUGGCCCCUGCUGGAAGCAAGGAUAUACCUGUCGGAACAGCUCUAUGUAUCAUAGUUCAAGACGAAAGUGCCGUCACGGCUUUCAAGGAUUAUGUAACUGGACCAACAGAACAAGUUUCUACUCCAAAAACUGAAGUACCCAAACCUCAGGUCCCUCCUGCUGCUGCUCCUCAGCCUUCACCAGCUACACAUAAGCCUAUUGCUCCUACUCCCAAAGCACCAGCAACCGGAGAAAGGACUGUUGUUUCACCGUUCGCUCGUCGUUUGGCUGCUGAAAAGGGACUUGAUUUGUCAAAUGUAGUUGGCACUGGCAUGUACGGCAUGAUUCGUUCUACUGACUUAAAUCUUGAAUCUCUUGAUCAAAAAGCUAGCACAAUGACUAGUGGUCCAAUGUUAAAUUAUGGAAAAUUCGAGGAUAUUAAUGUUAGCAACAUGCGAUCAGUAAUUGCUAAACGAUUAACUGAAUCAAAACGAACUAUUCCACAUUAUUAUUUAACAAUGGAUAUUCAAGUAGAUGAAAUUUUAGAAAUACGCUCUAAAAUUAAUUCAAGUUUAUCUAAUUUAAAUGACUCAAAAUCUGAUGAACCUGUGCCAAAAAUAAGUUUAAAUGAUAUUCUUAUAAAAGCAGCAUCAUUGACAUGUUUAAAAGUACCUGAAUGUAAUUCAUCUUGGCAUGGUGAUUUUAUUCGACAAUAUCAUACUGUCGAUGUAAGUGUAGCUGUGGCUAUUCCUUCUGGAUUAAUCACACCAAUAAUAUUUUCUGCAGAUACAAAGGGUUUAGUACAAAUCAAUAAAGAAAUGCGAAUGUUAGUUACUAAAGCUAAACAGAAUAAAUUAAAACCUCAAGAAUAUCAGGGUGGAACAUUUUCAAUUUCUAAUUUGGGGAUGUUUGGAAUUACUAAUUUCUGUGCUAUAAUUAAUCCACCUCAAGCAUGUAUUCUUACUGUUGGUAGUACAAGACCAAAAAUUCUACCAGAUAAUAAAAAUCCUAAAGGAUUUAAAGAAGCGAAUAUUUUAUCAGUUACAUUAUGCUGUGAUCAUCGUGUUGUUGAUGGAGCAGUUGGAGCUUAUUGGCUUAGUGAAUUUAAAAAGAUUUUAGAGAAUCCAGCACUUUUUCUUAUUUAAUUAAAUUUUUUGUUGUUGUUAAUAUACUCAUAACGGAUGUAUUGUUCGUCUUCUUUACACUGUCUUCUCUAUAUUCACUCAAUAGAAUAUUUAGUAGCAUAACAACAAGUACAUGAAUAGAUAUACAUCCACCCUGCAUCCCCAUCCCAUCCCACUUAUCCACACACACACACACACACUUGAAGAUCAUUGUAAUAUCUGGAUUAGGUGUAAGAUGUAAGUUUUUUGAAAACAAGUUUAUUACAACAUUAGUUAUCGUAUCUCUUGUUGCUAGGAUUGUCCACUUAAUGUAUCUUUCUUUACUAUUCUGUUUUUGUUGUUCACUUUGAAAUGUAACCUUAGACUAUAGUUAUUUAUACAGGGAAUUUUUUUAUUUAGAAAAUUGAAUUGUAUAUCAUGCAUGAUUAUACUAUGUGUUAUUAAAUUUUCUAUUAUAUGCGUGUGUGUGUAUAUAUAUACGAAGGUGGUGUAUUUCUUUCCUUUUUUUGUAGCUAUGUAAAUAAACGUACACAUGUUUGUAUUGGUUCAAAUUGUUAUGAUAUCAUACAUAUACAUAUAUCACAGUAACGAAAUAGUCAAGGUAGUAGAUACGAUAGUGGAAAAAAUGAAGUAUAAUUAAUAUGAUUUGAGAGGAAAGAAUGAACUUGUAGAGUAAAGAUUAUGAAAUACUUUUGGAACUUAACAUUUUGAGUAGAAG